AUUGGCGGUCUGCUCGCUUAAUAUUUCGUUUCCUGAACCUCACUUUACUGUAUAGUGACUAAAUGUUAUUAUUUGCUAACGUCAACCAAAGCGAAACUAUAAUCGUACGCGUGAGACUCGUUGGUGACAUUCGGUGGUAUUUAGACUAUAUUUAGUGCAGUUUUAAAUGUUCAGAGACAAACAGACGCAACCAGUAAACUUUUAGCUAGCCGGCUAACGCUAGCUAACUAAAGUCCGACUCUCCGUUUCACUGGCUUCCACGGGGCUCUCUGACUCACUGCUUUUUCCAUCUUGGAAUAAUGGCGAAUCCAGCAGUGUUACAGAAAAAGAAAGGUAGAUAUCUGUGGUUUGCGAUUCUCGGGCUAGGAUUUCAACCGGACACUGCUGCGUCCUCAAUCGUCGCAAAAACCAACAACUUGGGACCGAGUAUGUUUGACAAACCAAACAAGGAUGCCUUCUACAUAGUAACACAUUUCCUUUUGAAGAAACUUAACCCAACAAGAUUUAAUGAGGCAUACAGGCAUUGUUGGCCUGUUUUGAACCACAAAGCAGACGCUGAGUUUCGGAAAGUUACAUGUGUCUGGCUUCGAGAAAUAAUGGAUGAAACUGCAAAUGCAGGACCCAAAGUGGUAGCAUCCUUGUUCCUGUCACCCGGAGGCCCCAGGUUUACCAAUUUGAUGCUUCAUUUAGCCAAUCAUGUGAUGCUGCAGGAGAUGAAGACAUUCACUACAGAUGGCAGCUGGGUUCCAGAGGCUGCUGCGAUGCCUGCAUCCUCUCUGGACAUGGCAGUGAAGAGACUAAACCUGAUCAGCACCAGAUUUUUGAAAACUGCUGUGGAGCAGGAUCGUUUUCUCCAGGAGUACCAGAGACGAGCCCAGGUCCUGGUUAAAUCGAUGAGAGAUAUCAGAGCAGAUGGUGCCAAGUAUGAUGAUCUUCUCAAAUGCUACUCUAGACAAGAACACACCUCUCCAGCUGAGAAGAUCAAAAAGGUACGCUCCUUAUGGUCCACCAUUGAUGAAAUUCUGUCGUCUACUAAAGAAGAGCAGCAUGCUGUGCAAAGUGUCAUAAAAGGAGAAGCAGACCAGUACACUCUUGAUGGGACAGACCAGGUUGUCAAAAUUUCCAAGAGUCUUCUGGAGAGAAUACAACAGCUCCCACAUCAGUUGAGUUCAGGAAACGUGUACGAGUCUGGCCAGCUAAACCUCCUGUGUGUGCUGGAGCUGACAAAUCACGCGCUGCAGCUUUUGAAGGAGGAACGGAGUCGAGUUUCUCAUCUCCCCCAUCUUCAGCUCAAUCCUCAGCACUUGCAGGAGAAAUGUCAGCAAAUGAACCGUGUGCUGCAGGACCUACACCUCACCAGACAAAAGAUCUCCAAGGAAGAGAUUCCUGAGGUCAAGGCUGCUAUAAGGGAGCUGGAGGCAGAGUGGGACAAGAAGUGGAUGAGUACUCUGAAACACACACCAUUAUUGUCGUUUCUGAAUGAAGAUCCUGCUCUUGGCUUCCUGUCACCAAUGGCACCUCUAUCGUUUGAGCCAGCAGCAGAAACUAGUUACAAAAGCAGUGUCUUUUCCCAAUAUCCUGCAAAACUUCUUGAUGAGAAACUUGUGGCGAGUAAAGCACAGGAAGGAGUCAUCAUGAGCAGUUCUGUCCUUAGAAGUGCCUGCCCAGCAACAACAGAGAGAGCAAGUCCUGAUGCCAAUGAAGCGUCGUCACGGCCCAAUACUUCUUUUGACUGGCUAUUCGAUGCAACUUCAUCUCCACCCCUCAAAACUCCCUCAGUACGACCACAACCACAGGCCAGUGUGACAAAAACAGGCAAUGCUACUUCAAAAGUGACCCCCUUGAGGACCACUGCUCAAAUUGUGGACAUGGAAUGUGAUAACCUAGCAGAUCAGUUUGCAGAUGCAGUGACUACAAACUGCCCCACACAAGGAAGGGUCAAAGGUCUGAACUUGGAGGACCUUCUCGUUACUCUACAUGGAGAUCCUUUUUCAACUAGAAAGCAGUUGCCACGAACGCCUGAGAGUUUGAUUAUGGACGUGAAGAGCUCAUGGCGGAAAGCAAUUGAGGAAGACGAAGCAGAGAAAAUCCUUUCAGCCAGGUUUAACGACAGCAUCACAGGGCGACUCACUCCCCUCAGUGAACAGAGUGUGUGGCCGAGCCCCACUGGCCCAGGCAAGUGUGAUGCCACUUUCCAGUCUGUCACCCACCACAGCCCCCCUGCCAGCCAGCAGGGGGUCUUGAAAUCCACUUUGGUGUCGGACACCUUCAACGCUGAGGCCAUUGACAGCCCCAGUGGCACAGGCAGCAGCGCAGUUCAGUUCAGCCUUGACCAGGAAACGCUUCCUGAGAUGCCAAGCUGCGACAGCCUGCUGAGCCUUGACGAUGAAGCUGUGGAUAUGAAGAGUGAGGAAGAAGAUGAUCUUCUCAUCCCAUCCCUGAAGACUGAGUUAAGCCAAACACUAACUACAAGUCAUCAUCGGAAUCGGACUCAGCAGGCGUGUAGCGAGGACUCUGUCAUUGGCAACCGAAAGGAAACAUCAAAGUGCCUUCUGUCUCCUGAGGUCGCGGGAUUGAGCGGAGAUUGGCUAAUGGAUCCUGUAAAACCAGUGGAGGCCACUGACAAGGUCUUCUCACUGGAUCUAGAUACUCUGGGUACCCCGUCACCCCAAAAGAAGCAAGAAUACUGUCUUCCAAAACUGAUUACAUUCUCCCCAGUAGAUGACAUGAAAUAUUAGCCAUAUUUGUAUAAACCACUGAUUUGUCAGUAUUCUCUGUUAAUAGACAACAGUACAUGUACAUAACUGUAAAAUAACUACUUUUGUCACAUUCAUUUUUGCUUCAUUUGUUUUAAUUUAAAACCGAGACAUGAACGUGUUCAAUAAAAUUGUAAAAUGUGGUUUCUUUGCAUUUUUGUAUAUGAGAAGUACUAACUUGAACGGAUGUUUGGAAAAAUUAUGGAACCCUUCUGAGAUUUUUUAUUGAAAUGUUGAUUUUGAGUGCAUUGUAUUCUUGGAAUAACCACUAAGUCUCUAACACACUAUUUUGGAUGGUGUCUGGCUCUGCUGGAGAUGUGGAGGUUGUUGAAUUAAACAUUUGAAAGCAAA